AGUUACCAAAAAAGACAUUUCUUUUUAUUUGAAUAAGAAAACAAAAAAAAAAAACACUUUAGCAAAAAAGAAAGAAAACCAAAAAAAACAAGUUUAACCGAGUAACAAUAGCAAAAAUUACUUGGUUAAAAGUCGGUAGAGUCACCACCCACCUCCUAACCGGUACAAUCAAUAAAAGGAAAUAAUGAACACGCAAAAAGGAAAUACAAAAUUAAAUUAAAAUGACCAAUACAAAUUCUUACAAGAAAAGGAAAUAAUAAGAGAGGUAAAAAAGGAAAGUGAAGAUUGGCAUUGACGCGUUUAAUGUUACGGCCUUUUCUUUAUAAAUACAAACAUCAAUCCACCAACACUAUUCUUCUUUCACAACACUCACUCUCUGUCACGAUACAAUCUCUGAUCUCUCUCUCUCUGUUACGAGACAAUAUCUAACGACUCAUCUCCGACUUUAUUGUGUUGUUCAACUUCAAGGAAGAAGAUGGAAAAUAGCUCACUCAAAGUAGAGAUCAGUGCACAGGUAACGUCUCAAGGACUGUCCUUAGGGUUAUUAAACUCUGUCUUGAUUAGUCAAUGUCGGGAAAUCGAAGAGUUUCUCGUAGACGAGAGUGAUGAUGGUAACAUAACGAGUCUCGGUUCUUACCCCGAUUCUUCUUUUCGUGCCCAACUAUCCCUUGUCAGGUUCGAAGACUUCGAACCAACCACAGUUCAUCAGCAAAUCAAGACCCGCUUCAACGACCCGGUCUUGUCCCGACUUAUCACCGAUCAGAUUGUUCUCGACUCACAACGGAAAGACUUGCCGCAAGGACCCUUGUUGAUCACGGUAUUCCUCAAAUUUACAAAGAAAGAGUACAUUGUCGCUCCUUUUAGUUCUGCUCCUUGGACGACAGCGAAAGUAGAAGGAUCUUGUGGGAUUUGUCUUGAGGAGAUGUCUGAAGAGGGGUCGGAACAAGAAGCCCUAUGCCAACCGCCUGAAUGUGUGCAUAUGUUUCAUGAAGAUUGCUUGACCAAUUGGUUAGAUCGACAUGACUCUUGCCCUCUCUGUCGCCAAUCCCCAAACCCUUUAACCAACAAACCCAGUGAAGCUUUGGAGAAGUUAGGAGAAGGUUUUGAGUAAUGAUCCGUGUGUUGCAAGUCUAAUUAGGGUAUUCUUUUAAUGCUUUGUCUUAAUUAGGGUUUCUUUCAAUUCUCUUCUUCUUCUUUUUUUUUUUGUAUUGAUCUCGGUAGUAAUUUUGUUGGCAAAAAGUAUAAUUUUUAAUGGAAUUACUUUGCUUUAA